AUGGAUAUAGUUAAUCUACUGUGUAUGACACUUAUCCUGAUGUCAGUGAAUGGCCAGAGUGUACUAGAUGGAUCUAGCCUUUUGGACCAUUGCCCAUUGGCUAAGAUAGAGGAGGUGGAACUUCUGAUCAACUCCGCAGCCCAAAAAGUUAUAAUGUCGUACUUAAACAAUAUGGAAUCUCGGUUAAAACAAUACAGGAUUGAAAUGAAUGAUUUUAAGAACAUGUUGGAAGAGAGAGUUGAGAAAAACAAUAUGGAAAUCAAAUUGUUGAAAGAAAAAAUUCAAGAGCAAGAAGAUUUGAUUAAGAAUUUGCACAACAACGUGGAGGCAGAGGCAGUGAAACAGGGUGCACGACUCGUAAAUGGAAGUUCUUUUAGAGAGGGCAGAGUUGAAGUCUACAAGGAUGGCGUAUGGGGAACAGUUUGUGACGAUAGCUGGGACUACAAAGAUGCAAAUGUUAUCUGUAAACAACUUUUUGGACUAACUGGAAGCCCAUAUAGCGGUGCACGUUUUGGACGUGGAGUUGGUGUUAUUCAUAUGGAUGACGUCAAUUGUUAUGGGACUGAAAGUUCCCUACUGCAUUGUACGCAUACAAAUCAUCUUAACCAUAACUGUAAUCAUGGGGAGGAUGCAGGCGUUAUGUGUAUGAAAGCCCCACUUAUACGACUUUCAAGACAAUUAGAAUUUCAAGGACGAGUAGAAGUUUACAAGAACAAUGAAUGGGGAACGGUUUGUGAUGAUGAUUGGGACCAUCUGGAUGCCGGUGUUAUUUGUAGAAGUCUAGGUUAUAGUGAACAUGGACUGGCCGUUUCAAAUGCAGUUUUUGGAGAAGGAACUGGGUCUAUACUCUUUGAUGAUGUACAGUGUACUGGAAGUGAAACCGGUCUGUCUGAGUGUACAUUUUCUUCCACUAAUAAUUGUAAUCAUAGAGAGGAUGCUGGUGUAGUAUGUAGACUUCAAGGUGAUUUUAUUAGAUUAUCAAACGGAACAUCUGUUAACGAAGGUAUUCUUGAUGUGUUAAUCAACGGUAAAUGGGGAGCCAUCUGUGAUAGUAGCUGGGAUCAAAAGGACACAAAAGUAGCUUGUCGGUCUCUGGGAUAUUCUGGGUAA